UGCACAGACUAACAUUGCAAUUUUGUUAAUAUAAGAGAAGUGGCGACUCUUGAUUAACAUAUUUAAAUAUUUAUUCUUGCUUUUUCUUUAUUUCUUGAUCACAAACAUUGUAUUUUAUUACAUACAAUAUUUUCAUAAGUGAAUAAAAUGAUCUUACUUCGUUCGUCAUAGUAUACAUAAAUUAUAGCUUUAUUCAGUGUAUUAUGUUGUAAAUUAUAUUUGUAUAAUCAUAAACGUUGUGAACUUUAAUCCAACUAUAUAAUUAGAAGUUAUAGCAACUUUUCUACUUUCGUUAUUUUUCUAUCAAAAGCAAAACAAUGUCUGCUGCAAACGCAGCUCCCAUUACAGCUACAGACAGCUUAUCUCAAGCACUAAAAGCCAAUAUCAUUCCUAAUCAGGAAUAUUUACUGCAGGGAUCUGUCUUAGAUUCUGCUGUAGAAGUAUUACUUCAUAGGUUACGCGGCCUUUGCGAUAAUGUUGAUGCUGGCCCUGAAACGUUUAAUGACCAAGAAGUUUGUUUUAGUCUACGAGAUCCUAAUCAACAGGCUGCACCUUUAAUGUUGAGAGUACGUAAAGCACUUGAUGUACGUGACAUGCCAUAUCAGCUCCGAUACAUUGGGCAGCCUGACCUUGGAGACAAGAACCGGCCUACUGUUGUGAGGUCCAGUCUUGACAUUGCCUGUAAUGGUAUGCUGCUAGAGUUUCUCAAUGAGCUGGGUUGUCGAAUUGAAUUUGAAUAUAGUGUUAAAGGUUAUAUGUUUAGAAAAGGCCGUAUGAAAAUCACUGUUGCUAAAGUUUUCAAGAUCUCACAAAGUUCAAUGACACCAGAACCAAUAUCGCAGAGCUACUUAGUAGAACUAUCUGUCCUAGCACCACAAGGCCAAGAUGCUAUUGCUGAAGACAUGCGUGCAUUUGCUGACCAACUGAGACCUCUCGUACACCUUGACAAGAUUGACUACAAGCGGCUGGGCCACAUGUCCGUCACAUAGCCAAUGUUUCUCACUUAGACUGUCUUAGCACACUUUACUUUGUACUUCAGAGACUUGUGCGAAGACAGCCUCAGUUGUCGAAGUGAAAUUUUAUAAAUGAACUUUGUAUUUAUUUUACGUGCUACUGUGAUUUUUAAUCUAGUAAUGUUAUCUGUAGUUACUGUGGACUUAAGUUCAAUACAAUGAAAUCACAAAAUUGCAGAAUUUUGUAAGUUAGCAUCACAGAAAAUGAAAAAUAGAAUAUAGCUUUCUUAGAAAUAUCGAGCAACAACUACAUCAGAAUUAUAAUGUGUACGAAAUUUAUUAAUAAGACAUUAGUAAGAUCUACAGUACUAUUUGGGAACUAAUUUAGUUAUUGUCAUUUUGGUGAAUCAUUAUAGGAUUUUACUAACUACAUUCCUAAUUACGAUUUCGCUAAAUGGAUCGCUUAUUACAACUUUAUUUAUCUAUUAUUACAAUUAUUUUAUUUAUCAAAAUUUUAUUUUUCUACCAAAAUUUAUUCCUAACAAUUCUGAAAUGCAUCCCAACUGCCAUUUCUGUUUAUAUUUUUUUUAGAAUCCUGUCUCGAAUCACCAAAGUGACCAUUUUAGAACCAUCACAGGCCGCGUAGUGUUAAAGAUAUCCUUGUCUCUUGUCCGUCUUAAAGUAUAUAUGAGUUAAAAAAAAAAACUCAUUUAAAAUUGUUGUCUUUUAUAAUUUAUGAUAGGUACCUAUUUCUAAUAUACAGGAAAAAAGUGUAAUACGUAACUGAAACCAGUGAAAAUAAUAUUAGUUUCAGUUUUCUGCUCAUGCAAUUGUAACGAAAUUAUAUAAUAUUAUAUAUCAAUUGUCAGUUAUAUUUAUUCCAUACUAUAUUAAUUACAAAAUUAUUAUUGCAAA